CGCAUGUCCAACUGUCGCCAUUUUGCCUUGUAGUUUUGUGUCGGGUCUCGUUCUCCUGGUGGGGGAGACACGGGGAGGCCAGCCUGGCACGUCAUUCCGGGGGUGCACAGAGAGUCACAUUGAGACUGGAGCCGACAUGGCCAACAUCGCGGCACAGAGAAUCAAAAGGGAGUUCAAGGAGGUGCUGAAAAGCGAGGAGACUAGCAAAAACCAAAUCAAAGUAGAUCUAGUAGAUGAGAAUUUCUCAGAGCUUCGGGGAGAAAUAGCUGGCCCACCAGACACACCAUAUGAAGGUGGACGGUAUCAGUUAGAAAUCAAAAUUCCUGAAACAUACCCAUUUAACCCACCUAAGGUGCGGUUUAUUACCAAAAUCUGGCAUCCAAAUAUUAGUUCAGUCACAGGAGCUAUAUGUUUGGACAUAUUGAAAGACCAAUGGGCUGCUGCUAUGACCUUAAGAACAGUGUUGUUAUCGUUGCAAGCUCUUUUGGCUGCAGCAGAACCAGAUGAUCCACAGGAUGCAGUUGUUGCAAAUCAGUACAAACAAAAUCCAGAAAUGUUCAGACAGACAGCUCGGCUGUGGGCACACGUGUACGCAGGAGCAGCAGUCACUAGUCCAGAAUACACAAAAAAAAUAGAGAACCUUUGUGCCAUGGGCUUUGAUAGGAAUGCAGUAAUAGCAGCUUUGUCAUCGAAAGCAUGGGAUGUAGAAACUGCAACAGAAUUACUUCUGAGUAACUGAACUGAGCUACUCUGGUCCCUGCUCGCCCCUUCCCAACCAGCACGUCAUCUGUUAUUUUUAGGAUUCUGCAUAGGUUCUGUUACAAAAAAUGGCACUCCUACUUGACAAUGCUACUUAGUGUUGAAGACUGAUGGAAAAGAAAAUUUUGCUCUGUAAAUAAAGCUAAUUAAACGUGUAAAUUAAACAACAACAAAACUGGGGAAGGGUAUGACUUACAUUUUUUUCAUAAUGUAAAAAAAAAAAAGAAAAAAAAAGAAAACCUUUGACCUGAAAUAAUGGAAAAAUAUAUAUAUUGGUGUUUUACAGUGUGACCAAGAAUGGCAGGAGAUUUUUUUUUUAAUUUAAGUUACUAAUUCCUUUGCUAUUUGAGAAACCCCAGAAGUAAAGGAGCUUCAGUUUUGGAGUCAUAGCCAUCAUUAUGCCAGCCAUUGUCUACCUUUUAAUGUUUUUACCAACCAUCCUUUGUGCCUGUGAAUUUGCAUGCAUGUACACUAAUGAAUCUGGUCUGGGUGCAUAAACAGGUUAUCAGCAAUAUGUUCUGUAGAUAUGAGUUCCUAUAAAUGUUUCUUUUUGGGUGUUUUACACAUACUGGGCUCCAUGAACACACAGUUCAUAUAUGUGCUGUUAUCUGAAGGAAAAUCUGUCAAACUUUAGAUGUACUGAAUGUAGUUUAAUUGAGAAGUGAGCCAAUUCUGAAAAUUCCAAGCACUAUAUAAAGUGAAAAACUGGCAACCUACAUUACUUACAUUCACAGGUGCCACUAAUGAAAGGUUUUUGGUGAGAUCAUUUAAAGUGAGCACAAAUUCCUGUCAUUCUUUAUACAUAACCGUAUCUAUUAAAGUUUAAACAAAUGUCCAAUAAAAUUGAUACCAUCUUUUGUAGUUUUAAAAAAAAAAUAAUAACUUUUGUCCACAGAUUUUAUUUUGUGAGGGAAACCUCCCCCCUACAGUAGUUUAUAUAAUUGCUCACUCAUUUCAUCAGUUUUCUUGAAGUGGCUCACCAGUAUCUUUUUUUUUUUUUUCCUUUUUAAAUUAAAGCUUCUGCCAUGUAUUUUUUUCCAUUACAUUUUGUAGGUAUUUUUCAUUUGCAUUAGCCCAGCUGUCAGUUUUAAAAGAAGCCAAUUUAAUAAUAAUUUACAUAAAUUAAAUGUGGUACAUUCCACGCCAUCUGACAGGGUUUGGUAUGUUUGGAAAUAGUGCAACAAAUAAAAUUGAAAAUGGAAAAAAAAA